AUGAAGCCAUUUAGUGUAGCUACGAUGGCGGCGUUGGCUGGUCUUCCGCUCCUAGUGCCAGCCAUGGGGCAUGACCCUGUAUUAGAAUGUCCAAGUAAAGCAAGGUUAUAUUAUCAAGCUCUUCACGGCAUAGCAAUAGACGCGAGGCCCGAAGCAAUGCUACCCGAGCACCCCUCGAUGGACGAAGGGAAAAUCAUUGCGGCACGUCGAUUUGAUAUGAAGAUAUGGAAUGGCUCCACGGGCCAGUUUUUAGUCCAAAUAACAAAUACUCUCCCGGGCUUACAAUUAUCUGAACUUCAUGGAGGAAAAUGGGAGAUUUGUGUUGAAUCGGAGGAAAGGUUGUCAUGA